AUGAGCCACAGCAACAUCCACUCAUCUUCCAGAUCUCUAAUUGACCUUGGCCAUUGCGGUGGUCAUAAAGGUUCCAGCCAUAUUUCUUCACACCAUCAUGGAGGCCUGCCUGCAGUCCACCACAAAUCCUCAAUUUCUCACCAUGGUGGUCAUUACAAAUCACCUAGUGUUCAUGGAAAAGUCACUAGGGUCUCCUUUUCCACGCACUCUUCCUCUGGCCAUGGACAUGGCUUGAGAAGUGGGCAUGGAGGCCAUGGUCAUGGAAGUAACAUAUCAGUUGCUGGAGGACACCAUCAAUGGAAGAAUGCAGGUUUCCUCAGCAUUAAUGGGAAGGAGACCAUGCAACAUCUUAAUCAGCGACUGUCAACCUAUUUAGAAAAGGUUCAUUCUCUGGAACAAGAAAAUGCCCAGCUUGAACGAAAGAUAACUGAAUGGUAUGCCAACAAUGCCCCCAGCUCAUUACCUGACUCCAGCCAUUACUUCAGGACUAUUCAAGAACUGCAAAACCAGGUUUCUACAGCCAAUGUGGACAGUGCCCGUAUUAUUUUGCAAAUAGACAAUGCCCAGCUAGCUGCAGAUGACUUGAAAAGCAAAUAUGAGAUGGAACUCAACUUGAGAAACAAUGUUGAAGCAGAUGUUGCUAGCCUUCGAAAAGCCCUUGAAGAUAUUAACAUGCAAAGACAAGACUUAGAGAUACAACUCCGCUGCCUCCAGGAGGAACUUCUUCAACUAAAGAAAAACCAUGAAGAGGAGGCAAACUCUCUGAGAGCACAAUUGGGUGCAAGAGUCAAUGUGGAGUUAGAUGCUGCACCAUCUGUUGAUCUAAACCAAACUUUAUCCGAGGUCAGAGACCAAUAUGAAAACCUUAUGGAGAGGAACCUUAAAGAAGUUGAGAGCAUUUUCCUUGCAAGAAUUGAAGAGCUGAACAGUGAGAUGUCCUCUGGUGAUGAACAGCUGCAGACAGUUAGUAAUGAGCUCAUUGACUUGAAACGUACCGCACAGACUCUGGAGAUUGAGCUACAAAGCCAGCUGAGUAUGAAAUCGGCCCUGGAGUCCACGUUGGCAGAGACAGAAGGAACAUUUGGUUCUCAGCUAGACCAGCUACAAACACUUAUUGAUAAUGUGGAGUCCCAGCUUGGCCAGAUCCGAUCAGACCUGGAACGCCAGAACCACGAUUACAAGAUUCUCAUGGACCAGAAGACCCACCUGGAAAUGGAGAUCGCUACAUACAAACAUCUGCUAGAUGGGCAUGACAUCCAGUAUGUAAAAACAUCUCUUUAA